CCUCUCCCGCUUUCAAUCUCUCACUUUCUCAGAGCUCCCACUCUGUGACCUCCAUGGUUCCCCUGCAAAUUCACCACCUCACCCCAUCAUUCUUCAUUUCCCAAACUACCCCUCUCCACUCUUCUCUCCCUCUUCCUCACCUUAUCUCUCCCACCUCUCAAAGAACCAAAAUUUCUCUUAAACCCAACCCCUUUUCGUUUCCCCCAAUUUUACUAUCCAACCCCACCUUCAAAUUUCUUAGGGCAUCAGCAAGUCAAGCAUCAUCAUUUUCUACAAAUGAAGAAGAAAGCACUGAAAUUUCACCCGAGCUUGAAGACUUAUCGCCCGACGGCGUCGUUUAUAAGAAGACAUUAGCAUUGGUGGAGUGCUCCAUGUUUGCUGCACUUACUGGCUUGGUGUACUUCCUCAGCAAUUCUCUCGCAAUUGAGAAUUAUUUUGGAUGCUUCUUCUCGUUGCCAAUAGUGAUCACCUCAAUGAGAUGGGGCAUCGCUACUGGAAGAAAAACUAUGGUGGCAACAACUAUGCUAUUACUAGUUUUGUCUGGUCCAGUGAAAGCCUUAACUUAUCUGCUUAAGCAUGGUUUAGUUGGUUUCACAAUGGGAGGUUUAUGGAGGUCGGGAGCAAAUUGGGGUCUUUCAAUUCUCUUGUGCACAAUUGUUCGAUCACUGGGUGCUGUAGGCUAUGUUUUGAUAUCUUCAUUCUUGAUAAGUGAAAACAUACUUGCUUUGAUCACUAUAAACAUUCAUGCUUCUCUAACAUUCAUAUUCACUGCGUCGGGCAUCUAUACAGUCCCUUCGAUGGGAGUGAUAUAUGCCUUAUUUGGCACUCUGGUAUUGAUCAACAGUGGAUCCUUCAUGUUCUUGCUGCACCUAUUGUAUUCGGUGUUCCUUACCAGGCUUGGAAUGAAAUCAUCAUUGAGAUUGCCAAGAUGGCUAGAGAAGGCUAUAUGACUGCUUUCGUGGGAUUGAUAAAUUAACACUCUAUAGUACCAUAUAUUAUAGGUGGAAAGAAAAAUUCGUAACAAUGGUUUCAUGUUUUCAGGUGAGACCAUCUUUGAUCUUGUGUAAUCACAUUAGUCAUCAUUGUUCACGACUAAAUUCUUGCCAUGUAUAUCACAAACUACAAUUGAAUAUAGGCAAAUGUCGAUUUCCAU